UCCCAGGGAAGUCCCGAGCUCCCAGCUGCGCCGCAGGGGAGGAGGCAGCGCCACCGUUUGGUGCUGCGCCAGGGCGGUAGCGCAGUUUGAACCGCGCUGGCGCACAGGGACGAACGGUUGGGAACGCACGCUCCCGCUGCUGGUUUCGACGCGCUGAAAGGAAAGAGAAACCGAGGACGAACGGCUCGGACCCGUGCGCGGACGCGGUGUGCCCGCGGCAGCGUUGAUGGACGGCUCGGAAGAUGGCUUGAAGUCAACUUUUGCGCCCUGUACUUGUGCUUGCACGAGCGGUGGGAGGACUCGGCGCGUGCGGGCUGGAGGAAAUAACUCGGCUUGAUUCCACUGUGGACCCACUGCUUUUGUGUGGCCCGGGAGGGGAUGAGCGCUCAGCAUGGGACUGUGCCUCGGUACCGAAGUUACAGAGGAGGAGAAGAAGGCGAGGACGCGCAGCGCAAAGAUAGACAGAGACCUGUACGAGUGCGCCAAACAGGACAUGAAUGUGGUCAAAAUACUCCUGCUCGGUGCAGCGGAGAGCGGUAAAAGCACCUUGGUCAAACAGAUGAAGAUCAUCCACAGUCACGGCUUCAACAAGCAAGAGCUGAUCAGCUUUAAGCCUGCGGUGCUGGAUAACCUCCUGACCUCCAUGAAGUUUGUCCUUCACGGCAUGGGCGUCCUGCGGAUCAACCUGCUCAACAGCAGGAACAAGGUCCACGCCCACUCUGUCCUGUCGUGUGGACGGUGUUUUGAUGAGGACCAGGUGCUGUUUCCCUUCCUGAGCCAUGCGCUGCACUGUCUGUGGGCCGACACGGGCGUGAGGGCCGCGGCCGCUCGGGGAUACGAGUACGAGCUCAAUGACUCCGCGCUGUAUUUCUUUCAAAACAUGACUCGCAUCACGUCGCCGGGCUACGUACCCACCGAGACGGAUGUUCUGCGAGUGCGGCUGAGGACCACGGGCGUCAUCGAGACCCAGUUCAAAGUCAACCACCUCAUUUUCAGGAUGUACGACGUCGGGGGCCAAAGGACCGAGCGGAGGAAGUGGAUCGGCUGCUUCGAGGACGUGAGGGCCGUGCUGUUCGUGGUGUCGCUCAGCGGCUACGACAUGACGCUGGUCGAGGACCCGUCCACGAACCGCCUCCAGGAGAGCAUGAACCUCUUCUCCUCCGUCUGCAACAACGUGUUUUUCCGCAGCACGUCCAUGAUUUUAUUCAUGAACAAAAUCGACCUGUUUCAAGAAAAGAUCUUACAUUCUGGGCGACAUCUGCGCUUGUACCUGCGUCAGUUUAAAGGUGCAGACUGCGACGUGGACUCGGCCGCUCGCUUCGUGGUCGACGCCUUCGUCUCGCUGAACGCGGCGCCUGACAGGCUCGUCUACUACCACUUCACCACCGCCACGGACACCGGCAGCGUGCAGGUGGUCUUUCAGGUGGUCAUGGACACCAUCAUCAGGGAGAACCUGGAGGCGGUGUCGCUCCUGUGACCGCACACGCCGCCUGUUUCAUCACAUGCAGCCUCUGAGCGUUGGAGGAGGUUCUGAUGGAACAAGCAGCUCGCUGGAGGAGGAGGAGCUCUCGGCCAAUCUCACUGAACCCUAAAGUGUUGAAUGCAAAACCUUUAUCUCAGAAAUGGGCAUUUGUUUUACAUUUGUUCUGCAAAAAUCGAAUGUGUAUGAAGACUUGAUGUGUAUGUGUCAUUCAGAGGCAUGAGUUACUGCUCGUCACAGCCCGUUGGUGGAGCCAACGUUCGUAGCACAAUCCCCCACGAUCGCCCCUGUUGCUUAUUGACCUGAGCUCAAGCAGCCGACGCUGUUUUCGGUGGAAUCUGUGCCUUCGCCCGUUUUCCAGACUCGUAAAAGUCAGCGAUGACGCCGAGAAGCUUUAACAAUAAAAAUGUGAAAUGUGUGUUAGGAAAUGUUUGGUUGUUUUAAUGUUUGAUGAUUGUCGUUGCACACACACGUAAAUGCUGGAGGAGUAAGUCUGGGUCUGGUCAUUGUCCUGUUACAUUGUCUGUGCUUAUGUUCUCAUAGUGUGACAGCAGCAACGUGAUAAUGGCCGAUAACAAUAAUGAAGGAGAAAGACAUAACAAAACACAAUAAGUGCCUUUCUAUGAACUAGUUCUGUUGUUCUGCAAUUAAAAUGUGUAAUAUUCAUGGAUAUGUGAAAUUUGUACGUGCUCAGUUGUGUUUUAUAUUCUAUCUCCAAUCUUUGAGUCUUGUUUUCCCAGUUACUGCUGUUUUAUGGUUUGGACAAAAUAUGCUGGAACUACGAAACCGAAUAAACGGAAGAGGCUGCCAACCUUA